AUGCACAAAGCACCUUCUUCGUCCUUUAGCACUGCGUCUACAGAGCACGAGGUCUCCAUGGAUAAUACAAGCGAUGAAGCCGACCGAGAGAUAGAAAAAUUUCAAGCCAAAAAGAGAGAUUGGCGCAAGAACGAAUUCCAACAACUUCUCAACCGUGAGACUGACAAACAUCGAUUGCACUGUUUUGAUCUCGCUACUAGUGGUAUCUCUUCGUCCGCAGUACAGAGCACUUCUCCUAGAGCGGAAACCCCUAUUACACGUGAAAAGCUUUGGGAAAUAGGGCUGGAUGAAAUCUUAAACAAAGGCCCUGCCAAGGUCGCUUGUGACCUCUCCCAAAGAAGCCUCGAGAAAUUGCAGCAGAUCCCUUACGGCAACUUCGUUCAGAAAGCUUUGGAUCUACCCUCUGACCAGAUCAAGACAUCCCUCUGGACAUAUGAAGUUCUUGAUGCCAAGCUUUAUUUUGAUUUGAUCAAGUCCCCGCAGCAUCUGAACCAAUUGCAUGAUCUCAAACAGAGCCUGGCAAAGCUUAAAAGCGACCCUCUAAUCUAUGCCACCAUUGAGUACACUUGGCAAGAGGCCAGCCGAGUAGUACUCCAAUGCCCGGCAUAUGAGGGCCUGAACGGAACCGGAGUAGGCGGAUUAGCCUUCAGGUUAGAAGCAACUCUUGACAAAUUUAUAACCCGACCCCUCCAGGAGGUUCUUGAGAGAGCAGACUCGGCGGAAAGGUUAUUGCAGGACUUUCAGGUUUUGGGCAUCCGUUUGCACGAUUCUUUGAGGCCACUCGAGGCAGACUGGAGCACGCCACUCAACAACAGAAACGAUUUUCUGGAGCAAUUGCGAUGGAACGACGUUCCAGCUCUUGCGAGCCUCAUAUCACGCAAAGACAUGGCUCUCUUCAGAGAUUAUGUGCCGAUUGCCUUCACCAAAGAUGGAGCCCAAGCGCGUUCCAUCUUGAGCUCCCGGUGGAAUCAGCUGAUGGUGGAGGUGAAAGAGUGCAUGGCUGCUGGGAUUGGGCUGGAAUCUAAAAUUGAUGGUCUUGCUCAGGCCCUCCACACUACUUGCAACUACUAUUCCUUGACAGCUGUAGUGCAAGGUAUACAAGCGAGCGGCUUACAAACAGAAUGCUCGCGCAAGUACGGCAAGCUUAUCGACCCCACUGGUGGCUAUCAAGCUUAUCGCAGCGGCAUGGGCGGGAGCCAUGCGUUGCAUUUUCUUUUACCUGCAUUGUCCGCAUUUGCGCGGAAAGAUUUGACUUACGCAGAAGUGGUUACAAGGGAUCUUUCACUUUACAUCGAAACUCAUCGCUGUCCAGAGGAUUCGCCCGUUAGAUUUAGUUUCUUGGCUAUUUUUACUGCCUGCUUCAGAUGCUAG